CCAGCCCUUAGGUUCUUCCUUUUAAAUGAAUUUUACAUGUUAGGAUUUGGAAGGGAAUGGACGGAUUGCUCUCAGAGAGCUUUCCUUAUUUUCCAGAUGUAGAAAACAAGAUUUAUCUUUCAUAAUGCUAGUGUGACCAUUACAGAAGUCUGCACCCUCAUUAUUUCAUUACACUAGAACACACUCCUUUCCGGAAGAAACCACAUUUUUCAGAUAUGGUUUGGUUUGUGAGUACUGAUUAUGCCAUGGCCUAAAUGCUGUCCUGUUUGCAAAGUUAUUCUGCCAAACAAAUUAGUCCAAUAUAUUUUCAAUUCACUCUUAAGUUCUCAUGGCAUGGACUGAAUGCAGCCAGAUUCUUUGCCAGGAUGUAAAUGUAAACAGAUUCUAUUCCCGUUCCUGAAAAGUCUGUAUUCUACUCUAAAACCCCAUCAGCUGGUGUCCACUGCUUACAUGUUUCUGGCAUUCUGGAAUUCCCAACCCUCACCAGAAUGGCCUGUUAAACUUUACUUACAUCCAUCUAGGGCUUUAGCCUGUAGCUCCAAACUCUGGCGUUCCUCUCCAUAAACCAGUCCAUAGAUAGAAACACAGUCAAGUGUGUCACCGCAGUGGCUCUUCUCGGGUCUAGUUGUCGGUACUUUCUCAUCGCUGUGACAAAGUCCUCGACAGAAGCCAGCAGAGGAAGGGCUUCUCUUGCUUGGCAGUUUGACGUACGGUUCAACAUGGCGGCGGCGGCAGCGACUCCCAUUGUCUGUAGUGAGCAAGCAGAGGUGAAUCCUGGUGUUCCACUGGCUCUCUCCUUUUUGUGUGGGACCGGAGCCUGUGGAAUGAGGCCACCCAUAGUCACGGUGGAUCUUCUGACUUAAGUUUAGCCUCUCCAGAACACCCUCACAGAUAUUCGUAGUUGAUUCUAAGUCCUCCAAGAUGGUACAGAAUGAAAGAAAGCUACAGAGGCAUUUGAACAAGUGGAUCUCCUCAGUUGUUCCAUGGCAGUUUCCCCGGGGUCCUGGGCAUAGGAGGAGGGGAGCAUUUGCAACUACAAGUGGCUCAUAGUCAUCUCCACCUCUCAGUAGUCUUUUGCAGAAAUACAACUCCCAGCUACAGUGAACCGGAAGAACGACUUGGCCCGGGAUGGCUAGAGAAUCAAGGGAAAGCACAACCCUGGACUCGCACUCUGCAGAGGACCAGAUGGAGUUACUGGUCAUAAAGGUGGAACAGGAAGAGGCCUCCCCCUUGGCAGAGGAGGCCAGCUGGCUGGGCAGCCCUGGGCCCGACCGCUCCCGCCAGCGCUUCCGCGCUUUCCGCUACCCAGAGGCCGCUGGGCCCCGGCAGGCGCUGAGCCGGCUCCGGGAGCUCUGCAGACAGUGGCUGCGGCCAGAUAUGCACAGCAAGGAGCAGAUCCUGGAGCUGCUGGUGCUGGAGCAGUUCCUGACCAUCCUGCCAGGGGAGCUGCAGGCCUGGGUGCGCGAGCAGCACCCUGACAGCGGGGAGGAGGUGGUGGCGCUGCUGGAGUACUUGGAGAGGCAGCUGGACGACACGCCUCCACAGGUUCCAGAUGAUGACGAUGGGCAGGAACUCCUUUGUUCCAAGGCAGUACUGUUGACGUCAGCUCAGGGCUCAGAAAGUAGCCAGAUGGAACCCAUGGAGCCUCUGCUUAAGCAGGAGUCUUUGGGAUCCCUGUCCUCAGAAGUCAGAGUCACCCAAGGGGGCCACUGCGGAGAAGAUGGAGUGACAGCUCCCAGGCUCACUUCAGAGUUGCAGGGGUUGCUGAAAAUGGAAGAUGUAGCCCCAGCCCUUUCCCCCAGAUGGACAGAGCAGGAUUCAUGUCAGAUGAACCUCUACAAAGACGAAAUGCAGGAGAACUCUGGCAGCUUGGUUUCCCUAGAUCAGGAGAUGCAGACUAAAAUUAGGGACUUGCCGCCAGCUGAGGAAUACACAGAACAAAAGCCUGAGCAGACACUGUGCUACUUGGGUGAAGACACUGCUCAGAUUCCUGCAGGUGCAGAAGCCAGUGAGCAGGAAGGCAAGUCACAGACAACACAGAAAAGUGCCACCGGAAAUAGGCGGUUCUAUUGCCGUGAAUGUGGAAAGAGUUUUGCUCAGAGUUCAGGCCUAAGUAAACACAAAAGAAUCCACACUGGAUUGAAACCCUAUGAAUGUGAGGAGUGUGGCAAAGCCUUCAUUGGAAGCUCAGCUCUCAUCAUUCAUCAGAGAGUUCACACUGGCGAGAAGCCAUAUGAGUGUGAAGAAUGUGGCAAGGCCUUCAGUCACAGCUCAGAUCUCAUCAAGCACCAGAGAACCCACACUGGGGAAAAGCCCUAUGAGUGUGACGACUGUGGGAAAACCUUCACCCAGAGCUGCAGCCUCCUUGAACAUCACAGAAUUCACACUGGAGAGAAGCCAUACCAGUGCAAUAUGUGUCCCAAAGCCUUUCGGCGUAGCUCACAUCUCCUGAGACAUCAGAGGACCCACACUGGGGAUAAAGAUUUUUUUGUUCCAGAACCCUACUGGGAAAGUCAGAGUAGGGUGGAAAGCCAUUGGGAAAAUAUUGAAACUCCUGUAUCUUAUCAAUGCAAUGAGUGUGAGAGAAGUUUCAGUAGGAUUACAAGCCUUAUUGAACACCAGAAAGUACACACUGGUGAGAAACCUUUUGAGUGCAAAACAUGUGGAAAAGGCUUCACCCGACCUUCAUACCUUAUUCAGCAUCAGAGAAGACACACAGGGAAGAAACCUUCUGUCACAGUGACCCCUGCUGUACAUUCCGAAGUUGGUGUUCAACUGUCGUUGAAUUGAAGCCUCCCUUGAGCCCCUACUGACUGCAGAAGUCGUAGGCUGGGGCUCUAUUUAAUAAUGCACAUCCUCAGAUACUAGGGAUCUGGCUGAGACUCAUUAUCUUCUACAUGCUAGAAGGUAACUAAAGAAAAACAACAAAUCUUAUUUCAUAGGAGGUUAUGAGAAAGAGUUGACUGUAAGAGUUCUCACCCAUGGAAUCAAAUGGGCUUCCUGACUGGCAGAUUGCCUUCCCUUGGCCUGCAUCUCAGGUCUCCUGAGGGAUGCUUAUGCUUUGGGGGCGUUACUCUGACCCUUUAUUAGGCUAAUGAGCCCUUCAUAAGUGGUCAGACUUGGAAAUCUUAUGUCCUGCUUUGUGCCUUGUAUACAGGUGCUAAUUAAUAAACAUUUAUUAAAUAUACUGGUGAGAUUUCCUGCAUAGCUCUGAAAACCCAUUAUUAUCUGGAAAAUUUCACCAAGGCCAUUUGUAUAUCUUUAAAAAAAAAAAAAAAAAAAAAAAAGAUGUUUUAGAUUGAGUCAAUGUAGUACUGCUUUGUUUUUGUUUUUGAUUUUUGCCAAGUACCCUGACUUGUCAGGGGAGGGGUAAAGGUGAGGUUAUUGUGCUAGAAUCCUUUAAUUCUUUACCUAAUUUGGAAUUCUGUGAGAGUGCCUUAAACAGCUUCCUUAGCAUUAAGUCAUUGUGAAUGUGCCACCCAUGGAAUUCCACUAAUAUUUUUUUUCUGUUAAUUUUGUUACUCUUGGGAGAAAAAAACCAACCAAACAAAAACCCUUUCCUACUCAUGUAGUGUGAAAAGCAGUUUCAGAAUAAAGUGAUCAAUGUCUAA